UGUUUUUAGUCAAUUCAAUGCACUUAAAAUGACAUUUUCAGGAAAAUAUACUCCACACAAAGUGAAAUACGAUCGUGUUUGAGCUUAUCGAGUAUGUCCUGACAGAAACCUGGGAGAGUCAAAGCCAGGACUCUCGCGCGUUCAUGAACGCGCGUUCAGGUGGCGGGCACGGCGUCAGUGAUUCACGCGGUGUCGCUCGCUCGCACGCGCGCGCGCGCACGGAAACUCGGACAGCGUCUGUGCCAUGGAGCUCCAGCACAGCGUCGGUCCAGGGCCCGAGCACGGCCAGUUCCACCUCGCCGAGCAGAGAGAUGUGCUGUGUGAGCGGUACGAGCAGGAGAAGCUCUCCGGGGUUGUGAAACGCGUCCACCGGAAACUGCGGAGGAAAUAUAUUGAAGUGGGCGACUUUGAUAAGAUCUGGCGUGAGCACUGCGAGGACGAGCAGACGCUGAACGAAUAUGCCUUCGCCAUGAAGAGUCUCGCCGACAACCACUGGUCCAAGAAACGGGACGGGGAGGGACGAAUCGAGUGGUGCCGCAGUGUUUGUCAGGAGUACUUCAUGGAUGGUGGAAUGAAGAUGAUGUUUGAGAAGGAUAUGAAGGCUGUGAAACAUGCUGCAGCUGCAAGUGGGACUUCUUUAAAUCCAGACUCCUCUUCGCCCAGUUUAAGCUUACGAAAUGACAAGCUGCGACUUCUUGACGUGGGUAGUUGUUUCAAUCCUUUCUUGAAGUUUGAUGAGUUCCUCACAGUAGGUAUUGACAUAGUGCCUGCGGUUGAGAGCGUGUACAAGUGUGACUUCCUGAACCUGCAGCUCCAGCAGCCCUUGCAGCUGGCGACCGACGCGCUCAACGCGUUUUUGGGUCAGCUGCACGACCCUAUCGAGACGCUACCCGCGCAGCUCUUUCAUGUGGUGGUGUUCUCUUUAUUGCUUUCCUACUUCCCCUCACCGUACCAGCGCUGGCUGUGCUGCAAGAAAGCCCACGAGCUCCUCAUACUGCACGGUCUGCUCUUGAUCAUUACCCCCGACUCGUCACAUCAGGGCCGGCACGCACCGAUGAUGCGUAGCUGGCGAAUGGCCAUCGAGUCCCUCGGUUUCAAGCGCUACAAGUACGUCAAAUUCUCCCACAUGCAUAUGCUCGCCUUCCGCAAGGUCUCGAUCACCACCAGCAGCGACCUAGUGAGUCACAACUACCCCGAGAUGCUGUACAUCCCGCAGGACUUCAGCACGCUCGACGAAGAGGACACGUUCGGGGACUUGUGCCAGCCGGCGCGCUCUGAUUCCGAGGAUGAGCAGCUAGCACGAAGCUUCACCGAGCUCCCUGACGCGUGCUACGACUCCGACUCGGGCGAGAGUCAAAGCGGCUCGGCACCAUUCCACGAACUGGAGGAUCCCAUCCUACUGUACAGCUGAAGCCCAGGCUGGUUUGCCGAGCGUCGCUGCUUCACAGCGGUGUGGGCAAAUUAACACCUGGGUUUCAGAGAAGCUCCCAGCUCUUUUACUCCUGCUUCUUUUAUGUGAAACGAUGCAGUUUGCACAGUUUAUACAGACAAACAUGUCACGUGCCAUGGAAAGCCAGCAGGUCCCUUUUCUCCCACGAUGUUACGUGACACCACGAUAAUCAGGCUUCUGAUGUAUAUCAGUAUCUUCGACACGUGCUCGUGAAUGAAACACGUCGCUGGACACGGGAGAGACGCGGCGUAUGCUAAGUUUAUUGAGAACGAAUGUUUACACUUGGGUGGUGUGGCGCUUUUUUAAAAAUCGUUUUACACGUUUAAACAUACCGUGGCACGGGUUGUAGUUUAGCAGGUUGGUUUCGGCGAGGAAAUCGGCAGAGAGCUCAGGAUUCAUGCGCCGUUAUCCAGUGCUUCUUAAUCAUACGACACGAUUCAGAGAGAAUUUUUCAAGAAGAACUUUUAAAGCAACAAAUAUCUUUUUUUUGUAACGUAGACUUGCACAUCGCCGUCGGCUAAGAACGCAAUAGUUUUAACUUAGUUGUCAUGCAGAGUUUAUUAAGCGUCGUUUAGUCUCUGCGAUCGGCUUCGCUGCUGUAGAACGCACUCCGUCCUUGUAGAAAUUUUACACAAGCAUCUUUGAAGUGAAAUUUGUAGCAUUUUAUGGGUUGAACAACCCUGUAUUUCUUCUGUGACACAGAGCGUGUGUGUGUUUCUUACAGUUUGCUUUACACGGUAUGGUUUAAACAGUAGUUGUAGUCAGAAGAACAAUUUGCGAUUCGAUCAGAGGGGUUGGUUUUGGGGGUUUUUAAAGGGUGUUUAUAUGGUGGUUAUAUAUUUUUGUGAACGAAAGACUAAAGAGCAUAUUUUAGCUAUGAACUUGGUUUUGUGACGGGAAAAAAACGUAACCAGUAGACGUCUGCCUUUGAUGAAAUGCGUAUGUAGUUAAAAGAAAUGUCAUUGCUUUACUGAAGAUCAAACGGCUUGUGGUUUUUUUUUUUUUUUUUUUUUUUGGGUUAAGGUUGUCUGGUGGUCCAUAAAGAUUUUUAAACAUCUUCAGCCGUUAUUGACUGUAUAACAAAUUUACACGUUUAGCUCUUACAUGCAUAAAUUCCACAGGUCCGAUAAAUAAUUCAAACCUUCUAAAUUUCUCUUUUUGGCGAUUAACCUCAGUGAGGUUUCUCUCAUGUCAUGUUUAUAUGUACUAAGUGCUUUCCAUUCUCUUUGUAUUUCACUGUGAAAUGAGCGGUUUUCCUUCGCUGCAGGAGUUGCACUUGUUUAAGAACACUCUUUUUGGAGAGCUUUAAGACCUCCAAAACAAAAAUUAUUUCCCAAAGACUUUUAUUACACACCAAAGUUUAUUACAAAACACAUUACUAUUCUGGCUGUUUGUUUCCAUGACGAUCGGUACACAAGAGCACAUGGAUAUAAAAACGUCUUAAUAACCUAUCCAAAGUGAGUGAGUCUUAAAGCUUUGUAUGAGUGGUUGUAUAUACAAUUGCAGUCUGACACAUUUGAGAACACGAGUCACUUUUGAGGGUGCUAGAGAAGCUUUGAUUCUUAAUGAGGUUUUUCCCCUGUAAGUGUGUCUGUAGUGAAGGACCACACUGGAACACUGGUACUGUUUUUUUUUUUUUUUUUUUUACUACAGAACCUGUAAGGAAAAUUUGGUGCCUUUUAUCAUGAACUUUUUUUUUUCUUUUACAAAUAAAACAACUGGAUUAAAGAAGUAGAAUGUGGUUCGCUACAUGACGGUAGACAAAUCCUGAAAUUGUACAGAAGCCAAACUUUGAACCUUUAAUUAAAAAAAAAACGACUAGCUUUAAAGCAGAUGUGGUGAUAAUUAUCAUCACCACUGAAUACCGUCACUUUAAUUGCAUUAGCAAUAGUAUUAUUGAUUGAUGUGCUCUUAGUUGCUUAGAAUACUGGACAUUUUACAACUUUUUUGUGCUGUUGUGUGAAGUGGUACAUUGUCCUUUGCUCUAUGUGCAUGAAGAGUUUCUCUUUAGUGUUGGGUUAGUGUUGAGUGUUGGUUGUUUUUUUCUCUCCCCUGCAAUCCACUCCAUUAUAAGUGUGUUGCCCACACAUGCAAAAUGACAAUAAAAAAAGAUGAAAAUGA